GCCACCCGCGCCGCCGCCGCCGCGCGACGACGAUGUUCGGCCUGCGACGAUUGCCGCGGGCCCUCGCCCGGCCGUCGGGCGUCGCCCGGGCCGGCGGGCCCGGCGUGCGGCCCCUGAGCAACUUCCACCCCCUCGCCCAGCACGUGAACACGGGCGACAACACGAAGGAGACGACCUUCGACUUCAGCCCGGACAACCACCUGCGCGCGGAGCACAUCCUGGGCAAGUACCCGGCGAACUACAAGAUGAGCGGCAUCAUCCCCCUGCUGGACCUCGCGCAGCGCCAGAGCGGCGGCUGGCUGCCGCUCGCGGCCAUGGACAAGGUCGCCAAGUACGUCGGCUGCGCGCCGAUGCGCGUCUACGAGGUCGCGACGUUCUACACCAUGUUCAACCGCGAGCAGGUCGGCACCUACUUCAUCCAGCUCUGCGGGACGACGCCCUGCAUGGUCUGCGGCUCCGAGGCGAUCAAGAAGUCGAUCGAGGACCACCUGGGCAUCAAGGAGGGCGAGACGUCGAAGGACGGCCUCUUCACGCUCCGCGAGGUCGAGUGCCUCGGCGCGUGCGCGAACGCGCCCAUGAUCCAGAUGAACGACGACUACUACGAGUGCCUCACGCCGGACUCGAUGGUCGCGCUCCUCGAGGCCUGCAAAAAGGGCGAGCCCCACGCGAUGGGCCGCUGGGGGUCGCUGCCGAUGAACGGCCAGGUCUCCUGCGAGGGGCCCGCGGGGAAGACGUCCCUCGCCUCGGCCCCGGGGCCCCAGCCCGUCCGCGCCGAGGGCUUCGCCGGCGACGUCGACCCGGCCUCCGUCAAGGCCCACAUGGGCUACUAGGCGCCGGCGGGCCACCGCGCGCGCCGCGGGGGACCCCGCCCUAAAACCAAGCGCCCGG